AUGGAUUCCAGAGAUAAUUACUCCGCAAUUGCCGAGGCGAAUAGGCAGCGGAGAAAGCUGCAGAACCGGAAGAACCAGAGAGCCCGUCGACAACGGAUUAAGGGUAAAGACUUCGAGAUAGAUCAAGUCUCGAGUUCGUUUGAGGUUAGGCGCUGGAGGGUCGACGAGGUUGAUAAUGGCCCUUUGCAAGAUAAGGACACCGACUCAACUGUCGUGUCUAACUAUACACUUCCUUUCACUAGCGAAAAUGCCACCGCUGUCCAAGCACCAUCAUCCACAGAUCAAACCGAUCAAAUCAUGACCAUACAGACAACCCAGCAGCCCAUAAAUAUCACCUUCCCUCUCCCCUCCGACCAACUCCUUCACCUCAUCCAGUUCAACGUCUACCGCGCCUUCAUCUCCAUCAAACGGACUAUAAACACUAUAUCACUUGACCCAACAACAUGUCCUGUAUUUGGCCCCUGUCUAGACGACACAACCCGCUACCCUCCAAAUCCCAAUAUUCCUUCUUCUCUGGCACCUACUGCACUGCAACUAUCUCAAUACCAUUUCCCCUGGAUCAACAUUAUGCCGUUUGCCCGUUUUCGCGACAAUCUUAUACGGCGGGAAGGCCGGUUUGAUAAUUUCGAGUUGUGGAGGGAUAUGGUUGGCGAUCUUAUGAGCUAUACUGCUGCACCUUGGCAGCGAGGAACACCUUUUAGCUUCUCUGCCAGUAUUCCUGAGACUGAGCAAUCACGAGGGCUGAUGUUGGAGAAUUAUAUAGAUACGGACGAGCUCACAGCUGGGCGUAACGGCCUCAUCAUCUGGGGUGAACCGCACGACAUGCACAGUUGGGAGGCCACACCUGGCUUUCUUGCUAAGUGGUCAUGGGCCGUUGAGGGAUGUGAAGAGCUCGUAGAUAUUAGUAACCGCUGGAGGACAAGACGAGGGGCGGAGCCAAUGCGUCUGUCGACGUCGGCAUUAAGAACGAAUAGCUGA